UUCAGUGUUUAAAAGUAGAUGGACACAAACAGAGGUUAGUGGUUCAGAGGAAAAUGGAGACCAAAUUAAAGACUUGUUCAGCUUUACUGGUGUUGCUGUUCUGCUGUCUGUCUGGAGUACAGGUUCAGGAAGACAGCAACAACCACAGCAGCAGUGCUCCUGUGGCCAUGGAUUCUGUGGGUGGUAGACUAGUUGAAGAUCAGAUAGAGAGGCCCGGAACUGAGACUGAGAUGGGGGACCCUGCUGCCGGGCCUGACAUCUGGACAGAGUUUGCAACUCUGAGAGACAAAGUGACUGAAAUGAAAUUGGACCUGAGGUGGAUGGAGAACAGAGUGACUGCAGCUGAGAGCCGUGGAGAAGAGCUGCAGAAGCAGAACGAUGCUCAAAAUGUGGAACUUGAAGCCACGUAUCUGAAGCUGCAGGAUCUGGAGCAUAGACUGAUAGUCAGUGAAAGUCAGGUGGACAAUUUAAAGGAAGAGCUGGCAACUAGCAAAGUAGCAUUUUCCGCCUCGCUGUUGGCAUCUGGUAAUGGGAACAUGGGAACUGUGUCUGGUGACUUCACUGUGAUCUACGAAAAUGUCUUCACAAACAUUGGAAAUCAUUACAGCCCUUAUACAGGUUACUUCACAGCACCCAAGAAAGGAAUGUAUUUCUUUAGAUUCACAUGCUAUUUUGUGUAUGAACCUGAAUUUCAUGCAGUUCAUAUAUCAAGACUGUUCCUGAAUGACAAUCCCAUUGUAGUAACUGGUGAUAGUUUCGAUCAUCUUAAAGAUCGUGAAGACAGUGGGUCCAAUGGGGUAGUGUUGCAGUUGGAGGUGGGUGAUGUGGUGUCCAUAAAGGUUAAUGGGUACGUAUGGGAUGACAAAUAUCACAGAACAACCUUUAGUGGCUUCCUUCUCUUCCCCAUGUAAAAAAAAGCAGCACAACAUGACAACAGAAUGGUGUACUGAAUGUGGUCUGGCAUAAAAAUCACAUAAAAAG